AUGUCUAAUUUUAUAGAAACAGCUUCAAAUGAAGUUCGAAAUGAUUCAAUGAAUCAUAAAGUUUUCCGCGCAGAAAUUAAAUUGUGUAGUUUAUUUGCAGAACACAAUGUACCUUUUAAGAUUAUGGAUCACUUAACACCGUUACUUAAGGAGUGUUUUCCUGAUAGUGACAUUAUAAAGGAAGUCCGAUUAAAAUCUUCUAAAAGCGCAUGUGUUAUUAAAAACGUAAUCGAAUUUGCUGAAAAAGAAGAACUAGCUAGUAAAUUACAAAAAACUCAUUUUAGUGUAUUGACAGAUGAGUCAACUGACAUUUCAAUGACUCAAACAUUGUGUAUUAUCGUACGGUAUUACGAUGAAUCUAUAGGACGAAUAGCUAGUCAUUUUUGGGAGUUAUGUAGAAUUUUCAAUGACAAUUCUAGAGAAGUAUCUGCUACAGCAGAGCAUCUUUUUAAUUGUGUCCGGGAAUCUUUUCAACGUUUCUCCGUAUCUUUUGAUAAAAUUAUUGGUUUCGGGUCAGACGGUUGUAAUGCGAUGAUGGGUAAACAUAAUUYA